AUGGCGGAUUCAAUUGAUCGUGUGUUUGUUAAGGCAAUCACAACUAUUCGCGCUCUAUCUUCCCGCUCCAAUUAUGGGUCGUUACCUCGCCCUCCAGCAGAAAAUAGAAUAAAGCUAUACGGGCUCUACAAGCAAGCAGUCGAGGGGAAUGUGGAAAACGUUAUGCCGCGGCCGAUUGGUUUCACGUUGGAAGAUGAAGGUGCAAAGAAGAAGUGGGAUGCUUGGAAAAGAGAACAAGGACUCAGUAGAACUGAGGCUAAGAGACAGUACAUUUCAUAUUUGAUUGAAACCAUGCGGGUGUAUGCUAGUGGGACCUUAGAAGCCCGAGAGUUGUUGAGCGAGUUGGAAUACCUUUGGGACCAAAUAAAAGAUUUACAGUACAGUAUUGAAGAUGAUGAGAAUCCUCCUCAUAUCCCAAUUCCUUCUCAUUCGCCGCUGUUUUCUCAAUCUGAUAGAUACUCCAAUGCAACACCAUUACCGUUACCUAGUAACUAUUCUGCAUCUGUUCAUGGUGGGCAGACGGGUGCUGGUGGAUACCAGUCAACGCUGCUGCAACAGUAUAGAAAUAAUUUGCAAAAGAUUUACUCACAUUCGAGAAGAAACACCGUAGUGUCCAUAAACGACUACGUCCAGCAACAAAGACAGCUGCACUCUGGAAGUGCGCCACCAGCGAGCCACAACGUUGCCCAUUCUGUUUACUCAGUUCCAGGUAGUAACUACUACGAAAUUGGACCUGGUCAUCGUAAUGUCGCUACGACAACCGGUGCCGUGGGAGCUCCUGCUAUUGGUGCCAGUGGUGCAUCUCAAUCUGGAGUUCCUGCUGACUUCAAGCAAUGGCAAGGUGAGAUCAACACCAUAAUCAACAAACUAUCUCGUGAAUUCUUGAAUUCAAAAUCUAAAAAGUAUAACUUUAAUCGCCAUCAGGCCAAUUCUUCAUCUGAAGAGUCGCUGGAAAUCUUUGAAGACCCAAGAGAAAGGCUCCGCCGCCGUGUAAUCCAUAUUUUGAAGCUAGUUGGGUCCAAUUUGCUUAAAUUCUUAAAAAACUUCACCAUCAGUUUAUUGGCUAUAUUAUUUAUUACCUGGUGUGUAAAAAGGAAUGUUCUUGUUAAGAGAACGAUAAUAAAAGAGCCUUUGCUGAAUAGCAGGACCAAGAAGGAAUUGGUUAUCAACAUGGUUUUGAAUAUGGACGAGAAUAAAUGGUUUAUCAGAUUGUUGAGUUUUGUUGAUAGUUUUGUGGGAUUUUCCUAA